AUGAGCCCAAGAAUCUUCAUCACGGGAGUGACCGGGUACAUCGGAGGACAUCUUCUUCGCCCUCUUCUAGAGGCUCACCCCGAGUAUGAGAUUGCUGCCCUGGUCCGGAAUGAAGCACAAGCCCAAGCUGUAAAGGCGGCUUACCCAGCGGUUCAAACCGUCUUGGGCGAUCUGGACAACGACCAAGUCCUUCAAUUGGAGGCGAGUAAAGCAGAUGUGGUUCUGAACCUUGCCUCUGCGGACCAUAUCGCAGGUGCCGUCUCCCUUAUCAAAGGGAUUGCGGGAAGCCAAAAGAACGCCAAGUUCGUCCAUAUCUCGGGAACCGGAAUCCUGGGAGAUACGUCUACCGGCGCGGGAAACAAGUCCGAGAAGGUGUACAAUGAUCUGUCUUCCACGGACAUCGGAGAGAUCCUUUCGUUCGACCUCACGCACAUCCACCGCGAUGUGGAAGAGGCGGUCAUUUCUGCUGCUAAAGAGCAUGGCGUUACCGCUGCGAUCAUCAGCCCUCCAAUGAUCUACGGUGUUGGUGCCGGGCCGGUCAAGAAGCGAAGCAUCCAGGUUCCGGUCCUGAUCGAGAAUGUCUUGAAAAGAGGAAAGGGUUUCCAGGUCUUGGAAGGAAACAACAUCUGGAAUAGUGUUCAUAUUGACGAUUUGGCGAGCGCGAUUAUUCUCCUCACCGAAGAGGCACUUAAAGGGCUAGAGAGCAAGGCUGCUUGGCUCCCGGGAGGAUAUUACUUCACUGAGAAUAAUGAAUUUCGCUGGGGAGACAUCAGCGAAGCUGUGGCUAAGAUCGCUUACGGCAAAGGUCUGAUCAAUUCCGCUGAGGUCGACAAGAUGUCUCCUGACAAGGUGACUGAAAUGCAUCCUUGGGGUACUAUCCUUUGGGGCACAAACUCUCGCGGCUCUGCUGAACGCUUGCGGGCUCUGGGAUGGAAGACAUCUGGCAAAAGUAUCGCCGACAGCUUACCGGCUAUGGUUGACUUUGAGGCGGCCGCUAAUGAAGGGCAAAGGCAGAAAUUGACGUUUGCCGAUAAGUAG